ACUAUCAGAGUUUAAAUAAUUUUGGUGACUACGAAACUUCAAAGAGUGAUAAAAGGAAGAUUGUGUGGGAAAUCGUGUCAGAAUUUGAGAAGCUCCUACCAAAGGAAUGUAAUAUACUGGUCCUGAAUGCAAUGGGAAUUGUAGCUACGCCAAUGGGAUCCAGUAGUAAUCACCCUCUUGAACUGGAACAUGAAAGAUCUGGCUUUGGGCUCAUCAUACCUAAAAUGAAUGGAGUAAAAGCCCGGACAUUCAAUUUCAUAAAUGAUCCAUUUUUUGAUGAACGUACACUACAACAAGUUGGCCUUAGAAAUAACCCUGGCCUUAAGGUGAUCCUGAUGUUUGAACACCCCAACUGUACACAAGCAGAAAUCCGCUACCUUCGCCAAGUAAUAGAUCCUCUAAUUGAUCAAAAUGUCAUCAUUGUAGGGGGGCAGGUGGAGAUCUUGGCUCCACUCUUUCAGCUAAAAGUUUAA